CAGGAAGUAGCGACGCUAACAACAACAAUAGAGGAAACACACUUCUCUCGCCACGUUUUUUACAAACUCAUCUCGUUAAUGUGACCAUGUUAAAUUAUUAUUUCACUGUGGUUCCAGUCUGUGGUCUGGUUUGACUCCACCACCGGGGGAAAGGAGGUGUUUCCCCCUCGUUUGAAGCUACUUUUUCGGGGAGCCAGGUUAGCUACAGGAGCUAACGUUACAGUGACUUCAGGUGGAUGGAGAUUAAGUGAUCAAACUAAGACGAUGCCUCGCAUGCAGUCCGGUGUGUGGAGGCAUUUUACUCCGGCCAUUAAAGAUGGCAGGGAAACCUUCAUGUGCAACUACUGUGCCAGGACGUACACGAAGAACGCAACCAAGAUGCAGAUGCAUUUGGACAAAUGCAAGGGGUACUGUGUGGUUUCACAGCAGUCCCCGGAGCCUGAUGGGAGCUCUGCUGCUGCCUCCAUCCCCGUUCCCUCCUUCCCAUUCCUACCAUCUGCCGAUCCGGGGGGAGAGUUCCUCAUUGAUUCAGUGGAUCAGCGCAGCCAGGCAUAUGCUGAUGAGUGUCUGGCUCGAGCUGCGUACGCCACUUCCUCGCCCCUCAGUCUCACAGACAAUGUUUAUUGGAAACGAUUUUUCAGCGUCCUGCGGCCGGCUUACUGUCCGCCCACUGCAGCGGCUCUGUCCUCUCAUCUGUUGGACUGCGAGUAUGACCGAGUGCAAAACCAGGUUCACGACGCGAUAGAGAAAGCCGACUGUGUCACAGUCAUCUGCAGCGGCUGGUCCAACACUGAAGAAACCGGAACUAUCGCCUAUGUUGUGGCCACUCCUGUACCGCUGCUCUAUAAAUGCACAAACAUGAAAGAGCAGUCACAUGCAAAGACUUCCAUUACUGAGGAACUGAAAGAAAUCAUAAACGAGGUGGGACCACAAAAGGUCUUUGCUGUCGUGACGGAUGACGCCCCGGAAAUGAUGGCCACCCGGGCUCAAGUGGAGGAAGCGUUCCCACACGUGUCAGCUAUUGGCUGCACAGCGUUUGGCAUCCAGCAGCUCUUUGGCGACAUCCUGGAACAGCCGUCGAUUAAAGCAUUGUGCAGGAGAGCUGAGCAGGUGGUGAGGUAUGUUAGAGAACAGAAAUUAUCAGCAGAGACGUUUAGCGGCUGGAAGAAUACAAAGAUAAGAAACCACACUUCCAAUGGAGGAACCCUGGUACUCCCUGGAGGCUCUGACCGGACUGGUGUGCUCAGCAUGUUCAGCAGCCUCCUGGAGGGUCAGACGUCUCUGCAGGAGAUGGCUGUCUCUCCCACACUUCACAUUGAAGCAUCCACCAGGGCUACCUUACAGGAUCCUGCCUUUUGGAAAGGGCUGAUCAGCAGUCAAAACCUGCUGUACACGAUCUGGAACUCUAUUGAUUUCAUGAAACGAGACGACACUGCGCUCUCUGGUGUUGUUGACAUGUUCAGUCAGUUGAGAUACCACAUCGGAGCCACUCUGUCUGGGUCCGUGCUGCACGGCACGGAACAGAAAGCUGUCUUGGCAUCAUUAGACAGAUGGCAGGAGUUCUGCGUAAAGCCCAUCCAUGCAGCAGCGUACAUGCUGGAUCCCAAGUAUGCUGGACAGCAGACACUCUCCGGGGAGCAGAUUAACAGUGCUUACUACGUGAUAUCCAACCUGUCACGCCAUCUAAAUCUAGAUGAGGGCAAAGUGCUCGCCAGCUUCGCCAGGUUCUCGGCCAAAGAGGGACUAUGGAAGGGGACGGGGAUAUGGAGCUCAUGCCAGCACGUGUCUGCAUCCACCUGGUGGAAGGGGCUGUGUUCCUCUGAGCCGCUGUCGGCCGUGGCCUCAGCUAUACUUCAGAUCCCUCCGACUACAGGAGCUUGUGAAAGCCUGCGGUCGCGGUUUGGAAGUACAAAGGUGGAAGGUUCUCUCUCAGCUGACAGGGUGCACAAACUGGUAGCAGUGCAAGUGAAUCUCAACUUGUUAGAUCCAAGUGAGUGUGAGUACACGCCGCUGGACAGUGAGGAAGAGAAGAAAGUUUUAUUUGAGUCUGAGACUCAGUAGGGAUUUUGGAUUCAUCAGCCAAAAUAUGUUUUUUAUAACUAGAACAGUCUGCAAACAAGACCCGACCUCAGGAAUCCAAUCAAGCAGCACAAAAAUAUACAAAGUCAUUCAUACAUUAAAUGUGAUGGAUAUUUUUCAUCUAGAUCUCUGUAUUAAUCCCUGGGAAGUUGACGAGAACGGCAAAAGGAUGAAUGAAUGAGCUCUUUCCUGACUUGUACCACAUCAUUCCACAAAUAUUUGUGGUAAUGUGUUGAGCAGUUUGUGUGAAAUGUUGCUGCAAAAAAAAAACUUUCAAUAUCACUGAGGCUUGAUCAUUUGUAGUUUAACCAUAAAGUUAACUAUAAACUUUAGCAUAUAAUACAUGUUUCUUGUAAAUGCUCAUCAUUUCUGGGUUGUUUAUUCUGUCAAAUGAAAGUUUUAGUUUCUGCAAAUGUGAACGCAGACACCGAUAUGACUGUGAAACGGUCACAUUGGCUGAUUUAUAUCACCCAACCAAUGAAGGAGUUGGACUCUGAUAGUAUCACACAGAUCAUUUGUUACACACAGCGUAUGAAUGAUUACAAUGUAGUAAUCUUUCAUAGUUAGUCUGUGAUUGCACUUUUAAGGAGUGAGAAACUUUGAUUUGGGUUCGGAUCCCAUACAAUGUAAACUCAGUUUUUAACCUGUAUUAACUUCAUAAUCCCAACAUGAAACGCUAGCUGACUGAGUAAUGGUGCAGGGUAAAGAACUGAGAAGUCAGCUGAGGUCAUGUUGGCUGCUGAUCUGGCCAAUGAUGAGCCAGCGCUGGUAACUGAGAGGUAACUGGAUCCGUCUCUGACUCAGCUGGACAGAAGUUUGUCCCUCACCCUGCACCAUAGACUAUCUGUAAUAAAUACAGAUUGAUUCUUCUCUGUUAAGACUGUUUACAUGAUGUAAAUAAAAUAAUUGUUUUUAUUGAA